UAUCCUUUGGUCGAUAGGGUUUUGUGCGACGUGAUGUGAAAUGAGGUGGAUUCCAUUUGAAGAGAAUAUUAAAUGGGCUGUGGGUAAGAUAUUACAUUCAGAAAUUCCCUCGAUCUUCAGUUGUCAACCCGUUCCGGAGUGAUACUUGCGAUAAACUUGACAUUUCCAUUGGCGAUGAUGUAUUUGUUUUGAGACAAUGUGAAGAGUGGUUUUAUGGAUUCAAAAUGAACGUUUGCUCUACGUUCGGCGUGUUUCCCAAGGCAUGUGUUACAUUUAAACGAGAGGAAUUAUCUGAUGGAGUUAGUGCGGAAUUACAGAUGAUGGUAGAAAAACUAAUAUCCAUGUUUGUGUCUGGAAAGUAUGGCAGGAUGAGUAGACAUUAUACAGCUCUUUGUGAAGUUGUUAGUUUGAAGUAUGCGCUUUCGGGGAGGAUUACAAAGUUCGAUAUUAUUGCUAGCCUGAAAAAGCUUCAUACCCAUAUGUCGGUGGUUCAGAGUAAACUAUUUUUGCCAUUUAUUAUUCGGGAUGAGAAUUUUAAGUACGUCAAUCCAUUUUCCAUAUCUCCUAUCGACUUACACUGGAAGCACAAAAAGCUUAUAAAAGAACUUGAAGAUUCAGAAAUUUCUGCUCAAUGUCCUGCAUAUCAUCCUUUCAAUCUGCGUAUUCGUUUUAAAAAUUUACCCAAAGGUUUUCUGACAAUGUAUUUAGUGAGUCAAGUUUUACAAAGCUCUCAAAAUGUAGUCAGUUCACCAGCUAAUUUAAUUCCGAAUGUUGAUAUGAAUUUUGCUACCAAUGCGAGUUCUAACUGCGCGAAUUUCACCUCAUACGAUUGUGGUCAAGAUUCGUAUGCAAGCCAUGUUAGUACAAAAAAUCCUUCCGCUACUGAAUUGCAGCCCACAUCAUUGCUAAUGCGUCUAACUGAAGAUGUUAUACUGGAUGGUAGUGCCAAAGAUAAUUAUGAAGUUAUUUUUACUAAUCUCGACCCAUUUAAAUACAAAGAAAAACGUAUACUACUAUUAGUGUCACUGACUCGUAUUGGACCGAUGCAUUUAAAACGUACGAAAUCAGGUGGGAAAUCAGUGACACUAAGUGGUAAUGAAAGUAAAUACCAACAACCGAAUUCCAUGUUGAAACGUCCAAUCGGUGUUGCUUGUCUGGAUAUAACUUCUUCCAUUGUGCCUUAUUUUAAUCGUUCCCCUCAACUAUUUGAUUGGGGAUCUGGCAAAACAACAAAAGAUGACAAUUCUAUAUUGGAUCACAAACGUAUCGUGAAUUUCAAAUUAACUGGUGAACAAUUUUUAUCAGAAGCAUUAUUACGUGCAAUCAACGAUACACAAGUUCUAUCUUGGGGUAAUAAUCAAAAUUCAGGUUAUCCUGAUAUGGAUUUAACAACUAUUUUGAGCAUUCCAAGUAUUUCAUUGGAUUCAUCGGAAGUACCAAAAUUGGAAAUCAAUGAAAUCACAGUAUUAAACUCUUUAGAAGGUCAGCCAUUCAAUCGUGAUGCAUUGUAUGUACGUCGUUAUGCAUCACCUUAUUUUAAUAAUCAUACAAUUAUUAAUAAUAAUGGUGUAAAUCAACCACGACAUGAACUUUAUGUCACUUUAAUUUCGGGAAAUUUCUCUAAAGGUAACAAAACCAGAGAGCAUAAUAUUGAAGUUGAAGUCAGUGUGAUAGAUAGUGAUGGAAAUUGGUUAAAUCUGAAUAACUCACCUGAACGUUUAUCACCUGUACACAAAUCAGUUGUAUACUAUCACAAAAAUCAACCAUAUUGGAGUGAAUUAUUUACAAUCAAUUUACCAUAUUCACCAACUGAAUCCUCUUGUAUUACGACAGCAACAGUCGAUAAUGUGAAUAAUGAGCUUGGUGGAGCUGAUGAUGAUGAUACUGAAAGAUCUAAACAUGAUUCACAACAUCAACAACAGUUCCUUGGUAUGAACCCAACUUAUCCUGGAAUGUUAGCUGGUGUACACCUGAGACUUUUAUGUCGUCAUCGAUCAACUGGACCAGGUGAUUCUGAAGGAAAAAUUCUAGGAGUUGCAUAUUUACGACUCCAACCAAAUAAAUCUGUACCAGUCCUUCUACCUGAUGGAGAUUAUCAUCUGUAUAUACAUAAGAUGGAUAUGAAUCAAAUAAAUGCAUGUCGUUAUUUAUGUCAACCAUCUUUUUGUGAAGAUGAUGGACCAAUUGCUUAUGGUUUAAAUAUUGGUUCCGGUUCUAUUGGACAUAAUACAAUAAAUUCAAAUUCAAGUGGAUUAAAUAAUAUUCUAUCUCUGCCCAACUUUUCAACAUCGUCAUCAUCAUCAUCAUCGUCGUCGUCAUCACGUAACCGUUUGGAUACAUUACACAUACAAACUCUUGUUUGUAGUAGUUAUCAUACUACUGAUGAAAAUUUAACCAAAGUUAUAUUGUGGCCCAAUUAUCAAGACGAUAUUAUAAUGUGUAUACAUCAGGGUAUUUAUUUGUCACGAAAAGAUAAUGAAUUAAGAAAGUUCAAUCGUUCACUAAUUGACAGUAUGUUACAACUUCUUAUGACUACCAUGGAUGAAACACAACAACAUAUUAUCAAUUUAAACUUAGGUUAUAGUCUUCUAAUGGGAUUGGCUCGUUGUUAUAAAGAUUUAUCAAUUGAUUCAGUACGACAACAAAUAAUACAUAGAUAUUUAAAUGAACCUGGAUUUAUAUAUGAUAAAAUAUAUCUACCUUAUUUACAAUUAUUAAAUGCUAUGCUAUGUGAAAUUAUCUGUCCACCAUUAUAUCAAAAUCAUCAACAUCAUCAUUCGGCCAUUUCUAUGCCUCCACAUUCAUUGUCAUCAGCAUCAGUAUCCACUGGUAUCGAUCAAGCAUCUAAUCGAUACAAAAUGGAAAAUCAAUUCAACGAUAGUGGUAAUAAUCGAACCAUUAGCAUAACAUCUACUACAGCUGGACAAUUUUUUGAUUCAAAAGCUAUACAACUUAUCUUUUCAACAAUUCAUUGGGCAUUUUUAAUUAUUGUUCGUUCACGGCUUUUAGAUACCAUGCAGUUGAAUGAUAAAUAUCAAAAAGAAGCUGAAUCAAUGUUUACACGUCAAGUGGAUUCGUUCCUGUCUGGAGUAAUUGAUGUGACUUGUCGUACUGAUGAUGUGCUACUGCGACUUAUUAUAUUUAAACAUGUGCCAGAAAUUAUUAAAAAUCUAAUAAAAGUUUAUCCUAAAUUAAAAUUAUCUCAAUUCAUUGUACGGCUGAUAACACGUACAUUGGAUAGUUGUGAAUUGUCAAGUCAUAAAAUACUCACUGAAACUAUUCAUUCAACUUUGUUUACUGAUCCACGAUGUCGUCGUCUACUAGUGCCAGCAAUUCAUACUAGUUUAACACAUGUUUUUACAGCGAAAUUGGAUAAGGUACUCAGUUCAAAAAUUCACGAGAAUACAGCUAUCAUGGAUGUAUGGUGUGAUGUAUUAUUAUCAUUUGUGGAUAGUUUCACAAAAGCCACUAUGCUAUUAUCGACUACAACAACAUCAACAACUAUUCAAUGCCAAAAUGAUAAUAGCAUGAAUACUAUUGAUAAUCAUGAACAAACUAAUGAAUUGAAUGAGAAUGCAGAAGAUGAUUUCACAACUAAUAUUUCACCAACAAAUAAAUUAUCAUUUAUCAUUGAUAAUAAUUCUAAUCAAAAUUAUUCAAAUUAUGAUUAUCAAUCAGAUGAAAUAUUUUAUUUAUUAAUAAAACGUGAUUUUCUUCGUUGGACUAUGCAACAAUUAUCACGUAUUCUAGUGUUUAUACAUCAACGUUAUUCUACUUUAUGUUGUAAUGAUAAUGAUAGAUCUGAUUCUAUGUCAACUACUGGUAGCAGUAAUAAUGAUGGGCAUAGUUAUAAUGGUUUCAGUGAUGUUUCUGGCAUUGGAUCCACGGGCAAUAACAAAACAUUACCAUCAUUUAGUAAAGUCUCGUCUAGAAAACACCUUACACCUCCUUCCUAUUAUCGGUUACAACCAAUUAUGGGAUGUCUAUCUACUGUAUUAUUCUCUUUAUUACGAAUGCUGACAAAAUCUAGUUGGAUAAAAUUUUUUCAAUCUAUUUAUUAUUCCAGUGAAGAAUCUUGCCAAUGUAAUUAUUGUCAUAAUUUACAAUUAGUCAAUAUUUAUGAUUUUCUACAUGAAUUAUUCACAUUAUUCACUUUAAUGCAUUUAUAUCCUGCAUAUCCAGCACCAAUGUUUCAGUCAAGAUCUGAUAGAUUAUGGACAGUUGGUCGUUAUUCAUGGGAUGAUGAUUAUAAUAAAAGGCAAUCAGAACAUAAUGAUGCCAAGACAAUAUCACAUGGGAAUUCAUCAAUCAACACUAAUAAUAAUAAUCAUAAUAAUAAUGAUAAUUGUAAUACUACUAAUAAUGUAGAAUUAUUCUCUCAAUCAUGGAUUGAAAUGUUAACAUUAAUAUCCAAUGCUGAAUUAGACAUUAUUGAAGUACUUAUUGAACUUGUCAUGAAACCAUAUUUUGUUAAUUCCAAUUUAGAUAAUAAAUUUUUACUAAUUUCUGCUCAAUCAUCGUCAUUAUCAUCAUCAUCAUCAACAACAGCAACUACAGCAGUAUGUUAUACAGAACCUUGUUUAACUAGCGACUUAAUUGAAUUAAUUGCACAAUGUUUAACCGGAUUUGCAGUGGAACAAGCUCAUUUAUGUGUUGAGGCUUUACCACCAGUGACUAGAACUCGCAUUGAUCAAAGUUUAACUAAUCAGUCGAUUGAUAUGAGACAAAGAGCUUGUGAUUUACUAUUAUCGUUAUGGCAUUCUAUUGACGAUCGAUCAAAAGUGAAUUAUAUUCACAUAUUUCUACCAAAUGUUAUCAAUAUGGCCACACUGCCGCUUCCUCGAAUACGCGAGAAUUGUGUUCAUUGUAUAUUGAAUGCAUUGACUAUUCAUGCACCUACUGUGGAACAUGUUUUUGUUAGUGAAAUAGAUCGUGUUGUUCAAUGGGCUGGUACAGAUUUUGCUGCAGAUAUUCGUGAUCUCUUAGAAAAUGAUUUUUCUAAAAAGCGUAAUCCAUCAUCACAACCGCCUCGUCGUUCACAUGGCACGGAAGAUUUCGAUCAUAGACAACAGCGAGUAAUUAGUGAUUUUAGCAAACAAAUUGAUUGCUUACUUCAUUAUGGUAAAUUUAUUAAUCAUCCAUCACAGAUGAAUGAAAUGUUGGCAUUUUGCAAUCUAAGGAAAUUCUACGAAUCUAUCAACCGUAAAGAUAUGAUCUUGCGUUACUUAUAUCGAUUGGAUCGAUUGCAUGCAGCUUAUUCUAAUAAAACAGAACGUGGUUAUACUUUGGAACUUAUUAGCGAAAAUUAUUCGUGGGAUGAAACUAGUGUGGAUGUGAGUGAUGUAUCUCCGCAUUAUGUGCAAUAUGGAAAAAGUUCAUCACGAGAAUUGCGUGAACGUUUAUUACUCGAUAGUUUUGAGUAUUUAAAACAAGGUACUGAUUGGGAGCAUGCAAUUGAUAUAUCAAAUAAAUUAAUACAUUUAUAUCGUGAUAUUAUGCCAAAUUAUGAACGUUUAAGUGAAAUAUUGAAAGAACAAGCUGAUUUGUAUAGAAAUAUUGUUACAAAUGAACAUUCACGUUUACCAUUUCGUUAUUAUCUAAUUGAAUUUUAUGAACCAACAACAUCCACAGUAAUGAUGAUACCAAAUCGUAAAUUAAUUUAUCGUACAACAUCUGAUUUAGGUGAUGUAUUAAAUAUGUUAACUGAACAAUUUCCUGAUGCAAAAAUAUUAAAUCAACCAUUAACAAAUACAAAUCAAUCAACAUUGAAUACAUUUUGUAUAUUUGCUAGUGGGAAUUUAGAACCGGAACCAGAAAUACCGGAACAUUUAAAUUCACGUAUUGUUGAUAAUAAAAUUAAAAAUUACUAUUCUAAAAAUCGUGUGAAAUACUUUUUGAGGCAUAGACCAUUGCAACCAACUGAGAAAAAAGAUGGUCGUCUUGUCACUAAUACAGAAGAAACUCGUUAUUGUAUUGCAGAACCAAUGCCAAAUAUCAUUCCUAUUAUGCCAGUGGAUAGAGUGGAAAUUCGUAUGUUAAGUCAAACAGAAUGGGCUAAUAAACAAAUUCAAGGCAUUAUACAAGCAUUACAUGCCGAUUUAAUCACAGCCAAAUCACAAGAGACUAAUUUGGCUCAAUAUAUCGGCAAACUUGUUUCGUCUAUUCAGUCACCUGUUAGUGGCGGUGUCCCGAAAUUAGUUAAAGACAUUGAACUAUCCGAUGAUCCACGUCAAGAAAAAUGUUUCUCUCAAUUAGCUGAUAGUGUUUUACAACUAUUGGAAUUACAAUUAACAUUUUUAAAAUAUUGGUAUGUAAAUGAUCCUCCACCUCCUCCAGCAUCACAUCGUUUAGCUGCUACAUCUAAUGUUGAUAUAGUUGGUAAUACAAGUAGUUCUACUGUUGGAAGUGCUACAGGUUCUGGUAACUAUCUCUUAUAUGAAAUGAUCGGUUACUAUGAAGUACUUGUACGUGAUAUGAGUCGAAAAUUUGGCUUUUCUGUUGAUCAUUUAAAUGCAGAUCAUCUUCGUUAUGGUCCAAUAUCUACAGAUCGUCAAACCAAUAUUACUAGUAAUGUUAAUACUAAUCUAUUAUCACCACUUCGUCGUAAUUCACGUUCAUCACAAAACAUUGUAAAUACUGGUGUAGCAACAAUUGCUCAGUCAACUGUACCAAGAAUAUUCUCUAAACCUGAUCAUUCUGGAUCAUCUGAUCAUGGAUCAUCGAUUCGUUCAUUGCAAAGAUCUUUUCAAACGGUUGGGAGUGGACGUACUCCUCUAGAAUCGAUUACGUAUUCAUCACCAAUAAAUAGAUCCAACUCUUCCUUCAAUAUCUUAUCCGCAGAUCCCCCAGCAUUACCGGAUCGUCCAAUUUUAACAAAACCAAUUCAAUCGACAAAUGUUUCUAGUGGUCGACCAACGACAUUGAACACUACAAACAAUAGUAUUACACCUGUCAAUAAUCCUGUUAGUAUCGUUAGUGGUGAUCAUGAUAAUUCUAAUAGUCAACGUGGAAAAUUCAUUACAACACCGAAUGAUGAUUCAUACACUACUCAACGUCAUCAAGACAAUAUUACUACCAUGGAUUCUAAUCUAGAUAAAGGCAAAAAACAAAUGCAUAGUCCAGUAGUAACUUCAAGGUUUGAAUCUAGUCCUAAUACAAUGCGAAAUAGAUCACGUCCAUUGCCUCCACUACCACCGACACCGAUUCGAUCAUCAUCAAUUGCACGAACAGAGAAUUCAACCAAUCAUCAUCAUCAUCAUCAUCAACAUCAUCAGUCGAAACAAAUAAAUCCUGUAAGUAAUAGUAUAAAUGGAAUUAUACUUAGUGGUAAUAGUGAAACAGCGCCUCCAUUACCAGAGAGAAAAACAAAAACAUCUAAUAGUGUAGCAACUACACCAGUGACACCAUCUCCAAAACAUCCAACUCAAGGUGUUGAUGAUGUUUCAUCUUUUGAUUUCUCUUGAUUUAUUUUUUUUUGUUAAUUUGUGUUUGUUUGUUGUUUUUUUGUUCUAUUUCAUUUGUAUAACACAUAAAUAUGAUUAAUAUACUACUUAAUUAUUCUUCCUUCUAAUAAUAAUAAUAAUAAUGAUA